ACUUUACUAAGAAUUCAAUUCUGCCCUCUUUAGUUUCUGAGUUCACUUAGGAGUUAGGAACAUCUGUAGUGAGAUGGAGCAACAAGUGAAAAAGAGAAACAGGGGUGAGACAAGAGAAGUUGAUGAAGAUAAGUGGGUGCAUGACUCAUCAUUGGAUCAUAAAGGAAGAGUUCCCCUGCGAGGAUUAACUGGCGUUUGGAAAGCGUCACUCUUCAUUAUAGCAAUUGAGUUUAGUGAGAGGCUGAGCUACUUUGCAAUAGCUACAAAUCUUAUCUCAUACCUCAACAAAGUGAUGCAUCAGGACCUCAAAACAGCAGCAAAAAAUGUAAACUACUGGGCAGGAGCAACCACAAUUAUGCCUUUAGUUGGAGGUUUUCUUGCUGAUGCUUACACCGGUCGAUUCAUUAUGAUCCUGCUUUCAUCUAUCAUCUAUUUUAUGGGUCUGAGCCUCUUGACAAUGUCUGAAUUCAUCCCAGGCCUAAAGCCGUGUGAUUUGGAAACAUGCACCCAUCCCGGGAAAGUUCACGAAGUGGUCUUCUUCCUCGCAAUAUACUUGCUCUCUCUAGGGACUGGAGGACACAAACCUUGCUUGGAAAGCUUCGGGGCUGAUCAAUUUGACGAUGAUCACUUAGAGGAAAGGAAGCAGAAGAUGUCUUAUUUUAACUGGUGGAACUUCGCUCUUUGCAUUGGGCUCUUGCUUGCUGUAACAUUGAUUGCUUAUGUGCAAGAUUAUGUGAGCUGGGGUGUUGCGGAUCUCAUUCUCACUGUUGUUAUGGGCAUUACGAUUGUAAUCUUCUAUCUUGGAAAGCCUUUCUAUCGGUAUAGGGUGCCAGAAGGCAGCCUCUUCACACCAAUGUUGCAGGUCCUGGUUGCAGCCAUAAACAAGAGAAAUCUACCAUAUUCGUCGAGUCCUGAUUUAUUAUAUGAAGUUCCCAAGUCACAAAAGUUCCAAGGAAGGUACCUAUGCCAUACUAGUGAUCUCAGAUUUCUUGACAAAGCUGCGAUAAUUGAAGACACUCAGAAUUUAUCAGCCGAGAAAGGAGGAAGUCCAUGGAGACUAGCAACAGUGACUAAAGUUGAGGAGACAAAACUUUUAUUAAAAAUGAUCCCAAUAUGGCUAACUUCAUUGACAUUUGGUAUAUGCGUUGCACAAGCUUCAACCUUCUUUCUUAAGCAAAGCAGCACAAUGAACCGAAAGAUUACAACAAAUUUUGAGAUCCCACCUGCUUCAGUCUACUCUAUAUCGGCCAUUGGAAUGUCACUCUCUGUCACCAUCUACGAUAAAAUCCUCGUUCCAGUGUUAAGAAAAGCUACAGGCAACGAAAGAGGCAUUAAUAUCCUCCAGAGGAUUGGUAUUGGAAUGGUAUUAGCAGUUUUAUCCAUGGCUAUUGCAGCAUUAGUCGAAAGAAAGAGGCUAAUAGUUGUGGACAACGAAAUUAUACAAGGAGGGAAAGUCGGGGCUAUAUCCAUGAGUGUAUUUUGGCUAGCUCCUCAGUAUAUAGUUCUUGGUAUAGGAGAUGGGUUCACUCUCGUCGGAAUGCAAGAGUAUUUCUAUGAUCAAGUUCCUGAUUCAAUGAGAAGCUUGGGGAUUGCAUUCUAUCUGAGUGUGAUCGGGGUUGGAAGCUUCUUAAGCAGUUUCCUAAUAAUUCUCACAGAUCAUAUCACAAGGAAAGGUGGGAGAGGGACAAGUUGGUUUGGGAAGGACUUGAACAACAGCCAUUUAGACAAGUUCUACUGGUUGGUGGCAGCCAUGAAUGGGUUGAAUUUGUGCAUUUAUGUGUUCUUGGCAAAGAGGUAUUCUUACAAGAAUGUGCAGAGAAGGGUGGUUGUGGCUGAUUUCAAUGCCAGUGAUAGGGCAGAGUCAGUUGCUUGACAUUCUUGUAGUUCAUGGUGGAGUUGGAUGAAGAAUGCUGUCAGUUUCUUUCUCAAUAUCUGUGAAUUUGUGAAGCAGCUUGAAGCUUUGAGCUUCAAUUCUUGCAGGAGCUGCUCAUAAGACCAAUGAAGUAUUACCAAUUUGUGUCUCUCUUGGUGCUAUUAUGUAGGAAGAGAUUAGAAGAGCCAAGAGAGAGAAGGACAAAUUCUUAGGGUCCAAUGCUAGCCAAGCUAGUCUGGACAUAUCCCUGACCUCAUGUGCUUGGCC